GCGCUAUUACUUAUUGUUCUCUCUAACGCCCGGCAACCCCCCCAGACCUUCGUUUUCAAUCUUACUUAAUCUGGUUAUCGUCCAGCUAGAACGAACACAAAAAGAUAGACAUCUAUCUAAUUCCUUCAUCAUGGACCACGGAGAGCCGCUUUCGGGCUCUAGCUUCUACAAAGUGAUCGACCGACCCGGGAAGUCAUAUACAGUUCUGUCUGCUUUGGAAGAUGGCGUGGUCUUGGGCAAAGGUGAAACCGUGGGUUCGGUCAAGAAUGGCUAUUCCAAAGCCGUCAGCAUCUUCGCCGAGUCAGUCACUUUGGGGGAUAUUGACAGGCCUGACAACAUGACGUUCGGAUCCACAGAAGCGGAAGAGGUCACCCUAAGCACAACCGAUUUAUUCAUCCGAGACGAAUCUAACACUGCUGUUGUAAGUGCUCGUGGUCAAGAUGGAGAUUCAAAUACCACUGGAACGGAGGCGGACCGUGAGAAGACAAAUGGCAAACCUGGACAUAAGCUUAAUGUAUUCGUGGGCCAGGCCCCUUCAAAGGCACUGGAGAUCAACUAUGAAGCUCGUGGAGGACAUGGUGGAACUACCAUCGAGAUCGAUUAUGCUGCUGGUUCGGGCGGCCAAGGGGGCUCGGUGGAAGUCAUAUACUUAUCCACAUGGACUCCCAUUCUACAGGACCUACGCGAUGUCAUUGCGAUGGUUCGGGUUGAAAAGAAGUUACCGAAAGACACCAAGGCCUUGAUUUCUAGUGAAGCACCAAAAGCAACAGUUUUGAGUAGCAUCCUCGGCAUUAUUGUGAAGAUUGAGCGUCUUUGCGACAAAGAUGACUUGUUGAGGAAAGAUAUUAUCAAUUCAUUGUCGCCUUUGCUGGUUCCUGAUGGCGGGCACACCAGAGGAAGUGUUUACAGGACCCUGAAUCAAGCGGUGAAAGAUGCACAACGGGCCGUGAAUGCCCAUGGGAUCUUUUUGAGCAGAUCAGUUGAUUCCUCACGGGGUUAUGGGGGGUCAGCUGGGCAGUCUGCAGGCCAGCGCGGCAUUGAAGGAAAGCACGGUGUUGACGGUACGGCCUAUGUCAAGACGGUGGAUGAUUUGAAGGUGUUUGGGCCUUUGUCCUUUGCACCUCUUCAUCCACUGCAGUGUCAGAUGCAGAUUGAAAAGGCGUACGCUCUCCUCUAUAUCGGUGAUCAAGGGUGCAUUGACCGUGCAAAAUCGAUUCUCUCUCGCUUGUCUGCAAAGAUACAUGCAGUCAUCGACGUCCCGGACGAGAACUCCGCUGAAUAUAAAGCGCUGCCAGAGGAUCAGAAAAAGCCGCAAGAAAUCAGAAUCCAGUCUCUCCAGAAAGCAUAUGAGGAUCGGCGAGAGUGGAUUGGCAUCCCCCGAACAAUGUCCGAUCCCGUCUUGGAACUCCAGAAAAUUGCUCGCAAAGCGUCAGAUAUGUUUGCCCAAACAACCCAGACAUCAAACGAUGUGUUCGACUGCGCGCACAACUGGGUGCCACGUUUGUCUGUCGAGAGAUUUGAGAGUGAGACCAAGCUCUCCCUUCAGGCGCUUGAAAAGACCGAAAUGCUUUACCUGCGUAUGGAGAAACAGUUGGACCAGGUCGAGAAGGAUGAAAGCCUACGACGAUCAACGAUAGAUCAAAUACACGAUUGCCUGCAAGAGCUUGGGAAAGAAAAAAAACAGCGGGUCAAGGGGCUGGAGCAACUUCGAGAUAGGAUCGCCAGUAAGACAUUUGUGGCGGAGCUUUCACGCCGGGCAGAUGAGCUAGAUUCUCUGCUCCGGGAACUGAUAGAUCGCUCUAAAACCAGCUUUGAUAUUAGCUUUGACAGUUUCUUAAACUCUUUCGUUACCGUUGCCAAGAAGACAAGCAUCGAUCCGUUGAUGUCGAAGCCAAAAGACAAGAAGGACGGCGACGAGAAGCCCAACGACAAGAAGGACGGCGACGAGAAGCCCAACGACAAGAAGGACGGCGACGAGAAGCCCAACGACAAGAAGGACAGCGACAAACAGGAUGGCGACAAACAGGAUGGCGACGAACAGGAUAACGACGAACAGGAUAACGACGAACAGGAUGACGACGAACAGCCAGAUGAACAACCAUCGGCAGAUCAGCCCUCCACUAGUCAGAAUACGGAGAAUCAGGCGCUUGGUUCUUUGAGAUCUGACGAUCAGAAUCCCAUAAGUCAAAUAGCCGGAAGCUCGGCACUAGGAAACAAAACAACAGACGAAACACCAUCCAAGCCAACCGAUAGUCCCAAGCCAACGUAUAAAACGAAAGAAAAAAGCGGUGGAAUCGAUUUUGAGAAGCUGAAGAAGAUGUGGGAACCCUUCAGCAGUGAGCUCACCGACAAGGUCUGGGAGGGAGUCACGACCAUCCCCGACGCGGAGGGCAAAGCAAUCAGUAAACUCCUGAUUGCUCGCAGGAUCAGGAAGGCUUUGGGGAAUUUAGCGGACAUUUUCAAAGGUAAUAAAGGCCGAGAAGUGCGAGACCUCGGCACAGGAGAAUUGGUGCUUGAUAAAGAGCGGGAUGAUUUAUUGGUUGCAAGUAAAACCCAGAUUGACAAAUUUGUCGAGGACUUCCUGCCUUCGAAGAUUGGCCCUCAAGCUGUAAGGGUCCAGAAAGCGUUGAAGCGCUAUGCAGACAUGAUCGCGGAGCGCAAUGAUAUGAAAGUCCAAUACAAUGUGCAGCUCAAGGCGUUCAUCAAGCUCGACAGUCAAUUCCACACCAUUCUUGAAGCUCAGGAAAAGUUGCGAAAGAAUGUUGUCCACCUCGAUAUUGGGCAAAUCAGUCAAAUGAAGCAGAUGUCUGCGGAUAUCUAUUUCUGGAACCGGACUAGGACAAUGAGAUUGCUCUCACUCUAUCGUCGAGCGAUUUACCUAGCAACCCUUACCAAGCCAGAUGCAAAGGAGAUCGGGUUAGGGACAAGCGAUAUCACCCUUAGCUUUCCGGCAGUGGCUUUGUCUGCAGCUCAAAGCCGACUUCAUGCAGCCUUGUUUGACGCAGAGAGCAAAGCGGGUUCAGAUGCUGCGCAGUUCCCGCAUAACUUCAACAACGAUGAGGGAAAGUGUGUCGACUUGACUCCAGAAGACCUCGAAUUCCUCCGCAAGUACGGCCACGUACGUAUAAAGCUGCCUGCAACCACACCGACUCCCACAGAAGAUACUCUGUCAUCUUUUCGCGGCUGCGCAGAUGUGCGCGUCUAUCGCGUGCGGUUCUGGCUCGACGGCGUGCGAUUGCAGCGUGAUGUCCGCAGUCCCAGAAAUCACAUCGUUCUAGAUGUCAACCUGACCCACGAAGGUGAUAGCAUUUAUUAUGACCGUUUCGGCAACUAUCAUGCAUUUACGCAUGAUCCCAUCGAUGUCAAACCGUCUUUCCGUGUGUCGCAAUCGCCGGAUGGUGGUAGUGCUCAACUUUCCGCCCUGGACAACGGUGCUAUUAUUUCGGCUGUCCCUACAGCUGGAGGGCUUCAGAAGUACGCCGCUCCGAGUCCCUUUGCGACGUGGACUGUCUCUUUCCGGAAUGUGGAUUUCGAAACCCUCGACCUUUCCGGGAUCACAAAGGGAUGGUUUGAGCUCUUUGGUACGAGCCGCACUUUUCGAUAAUCAGCUUUUGCAGAGAAUCUAUUCGAAAUGUGAUUUACAUCGUCG